AUGUCCAGUCAAACAAGGGGACCUGAUGGACUGAAUCUCUUGGAGGAGUCUCAGAUGGAGAACGCGGUCCGCGAGGUUCGACGCAUUUCUGAAAGGCAUCCGUCUCCCCCAGAGUCGUGGGACCAAAGAAUCCACAUUGCAAGGAGGGCGAUCACCACAUUCGACUCAACCGGGUUCAUGCAGAUGCCCAACCGUACCAGCGAUCGUAUAUUGGUGAUCAGUUCAUUGCAACGACUGGCGUACUAUGAAGCAGACAGCGCUGGUAUCACUGAUAUAGCAGAGUGGUGCAUGAAUCAAUGGUUGUCACUCUUACAACGGAAUGCCGAGGAUCUCAAUGCUCUCAGAGGGUUGGGUCAAGCAUGGUUAGCACGAUCUCAAAACGUCCUCGCACGUAUCCAUCGAACAGAAGGAAGCUCGUCCAGUGGGAGCAGUGGGCGACCUCAGAGCAUGAGUGACAGAUUUUCCUAUACAUCUGCUGAAGAAGCUAGAGAUGCAGAAAGGGCGGCCGCAGAAGCUGAUGCCAGAGCACAUACGGCGGACUAUGUGGAAGCACGUGGUAUGCUCAUCCCCGCGGUUGACUACUUCUCCAGAGCCAUAGACGUGGCUGAAAGAGAUGGAGGUCUAACUGGAGAGCUCCUUUGUGAGGCUGCGGAAGCCAACAUGAGUCUUGGUAAUGUUUCAUACUCUCAUCAAAACGAGCAGCAUUUCCACAGAGCCAUUCGGUAUCUACGGAGGGCAUCCCAAAUUCCAGGGUAUCGCCUGUCUCCUUACUUACAGAGUUAUCUUGAUGACUAUGGUCGGCUAGUAGAUUGA